AUGCAUCAGGGCCAUAGAGUGUCAGGUCUGGACCAGUGGCUGGGUGCUCCGUCGUGUCAGAGAGGGUCCAUAUCCUUCUACAAGAGCGUCGGGAGCCGGCCCCGCCCCGAUGGCCCCCUGCAGACCUUCAGACUGGGAGAGUUCUACUUCAUCCGCUGCGGCCCCCAGGAGCCCGUCUGCCUCGCUGAGGUGACGCUGCUGUGGGAGGACCAGGCCCAGCGCCACCCACUGGCCAGUGCCAGACUCUACUUUCUGCCUGAGGACACUCCCAAAGGCCGGACGCAGGACCAUGGAGAGGACGAGGUCGUGGCCGUGUCCAGGAAGAUGGUGGUGAAGGUGGAGGACCUGGUGCGAUGGUCGUGUGUGGAGCAGGACGGGUGGAGGCUGCCAUGUUCCCGGACCAUGGACCGACUCCGGGGGGUUCACAGAGACACGGGGUCUGCGGAGUCUCCUGGAUCUACGGGGUCUCCUGGAUCUACGGGGUCUCCUGGGUCUAUGGGGUCUACGGGGUCUCCUGGGUCUAUGGGGUCUACGGGGUCUCCUGGGUCUGGCGGACCUACCGGGACCAGGACAGAACCCACAGAGACUCGAGUCCAGAGCACAACAGACUGUCUAUCCGAGCCCCAAACAAACACUCAAACCCCGGAACCGGAUCAGGAGGUGAAGGCGGAGCUAAAGACAAUAGAGGCGGGGUUAAAUAUGACGGGGGCGGAGCUAGUGACGCAAAAGGGGGAGCUCAAGACUGAAGAGCCAGGGCCAAAGACGAUAGAGGCGGGUUUAAAUAUGGCAGAGGCGGAGCCAGUGACCCAAGAGGCGGAGCUAAAAAUGGAAGGGGCGGAGCUAAAGACUGAAGAGGCGGGGCAAACGACUGAUGGGGCGGGGCUAAAGACGGAAGAGGCGCAGCUACAGUCUGGAGAGGAGGAGCUAACGACUCAGGCGGGUCCAAAGACAUUAGAGGUGGAUUUAAAUAUGACUGGGGCGGAGCUAAAGGAGGAAGAGGCGGAGUUAAAGGAGGAAGAGGCGGAACUAAAGACGGAAAAGGUGGAACAAACGACGGAGGAGGUGGAAAAAAAGAUGGAAAGGACUGAAGAGGCGGAGUUAACGGCAGAAGAGGUGAGCCUACAGUCUGAGGAGGCGGGCCUACAGUCUGAGGAGGCGGGCCUACAGUCUGAGGAGGCAGGCCUACAGUCUGAGGAGGCGGGGCCACAGUCAAAGGAGGCGGGACUACAGUCAAAGCAGGCGGAGCUACAGUCAAAGCAGGCGGAGCUACAGUCAAAGGAGGAGUCGGGGCUAACGUUGGAAGAGGCUGAAGACUCGCUGCAGUUGGUGAAGGUGCUCAGCUUCCCUCAGUACUGCAGGUUCCGCUCUCUGCAGAGGAGAACUCAGGAUAGAGCCGCUGCUCCGGACCUGCAGGACGCACUGUUGCUGGCUCUGGGCGGCCUGCGGGUGGCGCUGUCCAACACACGAGUCAUGUACUGCAGAGACACCUUCAACCAUCCCACUAUGGAGGCCAACAACAACUUCUCCUGGCAAUUCAGAUGUCCCACCCUGAGCCUCAGAGGUCGACCUCGAAAGAGAAAAGGACGAGACGGAAAAGAGUCUCCCACAUCCGGCCAAUCAGAGUCCUGGAUCCACCGCAUGCAGGAGAAUGUGAUGGGCAGUGUGGAGACGGGUUGUGAAGGGGCCUGGAUCCCACAUCCAGACGAACAGUUCUUCUUGGAUCAGUUGUUCUCGUUCAUGGAGCAGCUCGGGGCCCCCAUCCACAAGGUCCCCAACCUGGGCUUCAAGAAGAUCGACCUGUUUCGGAUGUACUCAGUGGUGAAGCGUCUGGGAGGAUACCACAAGGUGACUAACGACCGGCUGUGGAAGAUCGUGUAUAACGAGCUGGGCGGGUGUCCGGGCAGCACCAGCGCCGCCACCUGCACUCGCCGUCACUACGAACGCCUGAUGCUGCCGUACGAGGAGCACCUGAGGGCCGGAGGCAUCGAGAUCCGAGUCCCAGACCUCCCCCUCCUCCUCCCCCGCACCAAGGGCCUGAGGGGGAGGAGGCCCGGGCGCAAACCAGGACCCAAACCCAAGGACAAGAAACCCACCACACCUCCCACAACGCUGGUGAACCCUGAUGGUUCGGUGGUGGUGAAGCGAGGUCGUGGUCGUCCUCCAGGGAAGAAGAACAAAGCCACGCUCCUCGCUCAGGCCAAGCUGCUCGCCCAGACACAGAGCAGGACUGUUACCAUGGAGACCAGGCCCAUGGGGGAGGCCAGGCCCAUGGGGAGGGGGAGGCCUCUCUCCCACCACCCACUGCACAGGGUCCCGCUCCGCCCUCAGCCCAUCGCUCCGGCUCUGAUCCCGGUGAGCCUCCCGCUGACCCCGGACCUCUCCCCUCGCUCCGCUCCGUUCCUCUCCUUCCAAACAAAACCUCACGACCAGAACCGGCCCGACUCCUCCUCGGCCAACAUUAUUACCUCAGUCACGACCAGCACGACCUCCUCCUCCUCCGGCGCCCCUCCCCCGCCCUCGGGCCUCCUCCUGUCCGCUCUCCCUCAUCACUUCGUCUCCGGCUUCAGUCCCAUCAAAGGCCUGUGUCCCCUCGACGUGUUCCGGAACCGCGCCCAGCGAGGACCGGACGCCAACGCAAACGCCGGCCAGGACCCCGCCGCGCCCCAGAUCCUCUACUCCCUGCAGCCCAAGGUCACGGCGGAGAACUCUGGCCCGAACCAGAGCCUGAACUCGGGUCUGAACCAGAGUCUGGCCCCUCUGCGGGUCCUGCCCCUGGACCUGGACUGCAGCGUUCAGGUCCGGCAGCUCAUGCGGACCCGGCUCGGCUCCACCCAGUUCCACACAUUCACCCGCCGUCUGUCGGAGGCGCUGUCCCACGAGGGCGCCACCAAACCCUGCCCCCCCCUCACCCCCUGCUCCCCCAUCACCCCCCCUCCGGACCAGAACCUGAACCAGAGCCUGCCCCUGAACCUGAGCCGCCGCCUGCCGCAGAAGCGCUCUCUCACGGACGUCGGCGUGGAGCCCUGUGCGCAGGACGCCAAACGGCCGCCGAGGCUUCAGGAGGCUCUGGGUGCGCAGGAAGAGCCCGCCGACCUCAGCUCGCCGAGCCGCAUCCGGGCCUUUCUGCUCGGGCUCCCGCCGUUUCAGGUGAAGCUGGAGGAGGACCUGAACGGGGCGCGGUUCCCCAAGCUCCAACCGGACCCGCGGCACCUGGAGGGAAACCUGAGCGCGAGGAGGCACCUGGACGACGACGUCAUCAUCGUGGAGGACGAUCGCCACGACGACGACGAGGACGACGACGAGGAGCCCGUGGUUUUCGUCAAAGAAGAAUUCAACGGGAAAGAGGUAAAAAGCGGCGAAAGGAUCAAAGACGACUCUAAAAACAUGGAGGUUUUGAAGUCGCUGGUUUUGGCUCAACGCAGCUGA